CAAUGAAAACAUAUCAUGCAAUGGUAUCUCCGGAUUCAGUAUUACUCCCUUCAACAUCUCUGUUGACUGGGGUCCUAGGCAUCCCUCUUUCCUUGGUUUUCUUCGUACGAAGCUUUCUGCGUACCCCCAAUUUUUCCUCUUAAUCCAAAACCGUUAUACCUUCAAUCGGAUCCGCUUGAGAGGACGAUUAAAAACGCUCUGAUUGCGGAUUGAAGGCUAAUAGGAUAAGUUGCUGGUGGGUAUAGAGAAUGGACAAAGUGGAAGAGGUUUGGGUGCUUUACAUUCAACAUUGUGUAGUUUAAAUUUAUUACAACAACAUGGAAGAUACACAACAUGAAGGAUAUAUUCCUUCCGUCCCAUUAGAAUCUUUCCACACUGACUUGGCACAGGUUUUAAUCUUCAACCUGCCCCUGCCCUCUGUUACAACAACAAAUUGAAGAAAUUGGAAAACAAAAUCAAAGCAGAUCUAAGAUGAAGAGAAGGAAGAAAUUGAAAAUCGAAGGAGAUCUGAGGUGAAGAGAAGAGGCGAUGAAGAAAUAAAAAAUCAACCGUCGUCGCCCCCCUUUUCGCCAGUUGUUGUUGCACUUCUUCGUCAGCCAACCCGUGCCCCUCUUUAUCAAUCACUUCAGCCCGCCAGACUUUUCCAUUGAGAUAUUAUUUUGGCUUCAGAGCGUUGGAUUAUAACAAAAUCAGAGAAUACACCGAUAAUUUAAGCAAAGAGAGAAUGAUAACCAAGUUCCAGUUUGGGACAAUGUUCCGAGGAUGGAACGGAAAACAAGAGCUCACUGUGAAAAUAUGGAAUAAUGAUGUUCUGGAUCAUAUGGAUGGACAUGGAAUGAUGAUGGAUGAGUUGUUUUUAUUUAACAAAGUCGAUCUCAAGGGUAUACCUAAGAUUAUUGGCUGCUCCGAUGAUACAAACAAUCCCUGCGCAAUUAUUUAUGAUCUUAGUGUGAUGGACACACUUCACAAUCUCAUACCUAGUGGUAAUUUCUGUUGGCGGGACAGGAUCAAAGUUGCUCUUGGAAUUGCAUUAACCAUCAUGUCUUUUCAUGCACUAAAAUGGCCCUUUACUAUCCGCAAUAUUAGUGCUACUCAUAUAAUGUGUGAAAAGGAUUUUACUCCAUGGUUAUAUGAUUUUGGUUUGAUUAAUGGAGGACUUAUCAAUCCAGUCAGGUAUAAGUACGACGAACAAACUGGUUAUCCUGGUUACGUUGAUCCUUAUUUCAUAGACAAAGGGAGUUGUUCAGAAAAAACCGAUGUCUAUGCUUAUGGAGUUUUACUGCUCGGUUUGAUAACCAAGAGAGUCUUCAAUGAUGAGAAGGAUGAAGAUCCCGAUUUUCUUCGCAAGUGGGCUGAAAAAGAGUUCAAUGGGAAGAGAAAACCUGGCACAAGAAGGCCUACACUUGUUGAUCUAAGCUUAAAGUCAGAUGUGCAUUUUGAUCCAAAGGAUGGCCACCGAAUUACGCUCUUGGCUAUGCAAUGCAUCAAGUAUGAUCCCGAUGAUCGCCCCGAAAUGGAUGAAGUAGUUCGAACACUUCAGGGUCUAAAUGUGGUUGAAAAUCACAUCAAUGAAAGUGUUCUCAAUGAGGCUUUGGAAAGACAUUUGUCAAAGGCUUGAUGUUAUUCAAAGAAAGAAAGACUAAAUAGUAGCAUAUAGAAAAAGAAUCUUUCAAUUGUAUCUCCAAAAUAAGACAUAUCAUGUCAAUAAAACUCCAACGAAUAAUACAAAAAAUCACUAUGAAAUAUCAAUAUAAUAUUGUCACAUUUACAAAAUUGUAGUUUUAUUUUGGAGAUGAAAACAUGUUACUUUCAUUUUGGGUAUAAAGGCUACUCGUAUAU